CACACACACACACUGUCUGAAUGGACGGUGGACAGUUUGUUUGUUUGUUACACCCGCGGAUAUUAUGUUAUUUAUAUAUUUAAUGUUCCGUUAAACAGCACAAACUGACUCUAUACUUCUUACACUUCCCUUUGGAAAGAAAACGGAUUUAUUUCAGUUUGAGCUGCGUCCUUGGAGCUGAAAUCAAAAGGAGAUGGAGUUGGCCUACGUGUGUGAGUGGGAGAAACGUCCGAAGAGCGUCCACUGUCCCUCGGUCCCUCUAGUCUGCUCCUGGUCCUGCAGAAACCUGGUGGCCUUCACCACAGACCUGAAGAACGACUCCGACGACACAGAUGUUAGUCACAUGAUCCACAUCAUCGACACCGAGCACCCCUGGGACGUUUACUCCAUCAACUCGGGACACUCUGAGGUCAUUUCCUGUCUGGAGUGGGACCAAUCAGGUUCUAGGCUGCUCUCUGCCGAUGGUGACGGCCAGAUUAAGUGCUGGUGGAUGUCAGAUCACCUGGUGAACAGCUGGGAGAGCGUGCUAUCCUCGUCUGUGGACGGAGAUCCAAUCGUAGCUCUGAGCUGGCUACACAACGGCGUCAAGCUGGCGCUGCACGUGGAGAUGUCUGGAUCCACUAACUUCGGGGAGAAGUUUUCGCGGGUCAAGUUCUCUCCGUCUCUGACCCUGUUUGGGGGGAAGCCAAUGGAGGGCUGGCUGGCGGUGACGGUGAGCGGCCUGGUCACCGUGUCGCUGCUGAAGCCCGGCGGCGCCCUGCUGACCGCCAGCGAGAGUCUGUGCCGGCUCCGAGGACGCGUGGCACUUGCUGACAUCGCCUUCACUGGCGGAGGGAACAUCGUGGUGGCAGCCACCGACGGAAGCAGCUCCUCACCGGUCCAGUUCUACAAGGUGGUGGUGAGUGUGGUCAGUGAGAAGUGUCGUAUUGACACAGAGCUGCUGCCGUCUCUCUUCCUGCGCUGCACCACCGACCCUCUGAGGAGAGAGAAAUACCCCGCAGUCACACACCUCAAGUUCCUCACCAGAGAGAACUCAGAACAGGUUCUGCUGUGUGCGUCCAAUCAGAGUGGCAGCAUCGUGGAGUGCUGGUCUCUGAGGAAGGAGGGACUUCCUGUCAACAACAUCUUCCAGCACCGCUCGCCAGUCGUGGGGGAGAAGCAGCCAACCAUCCUGAAGUGGAGGAUCCUGACCACCACCAGUGAUCUGGAGCGAGUCUCAGCUGUUGCUCUCCCUAAACUCCCCAUCUCCAUCUCCAACACCGACCUCAAGGUGGCGUCAGACACAAAGUUCUGCCCCGGCCUCGGUCUGGCUCUGGCGUUUCAUGACGGCAGUAUCCAGAUCCUCCACCGUCUCUCCCUCCACACGAUGGGCGUGUUCUACGGCUCCUCGUCCAAUCAGAGAGCAGGAGAGGAGUUGGCCAUUAAGCGGCAGCGACCCGGUGGCUCCACGCUCCACUUCAAGGCGCUGCAGUUCUCCUGGACCUCGCUGGCGCUCGCCGGGGUCGACAACCACGGAAAGCUCCACAUGCUGCGUGUGUCCCCGUCCAUGGGCCAGGUUCUGGAGAUGAACACCACGCUGCGCCACCUGCUGUUCCUGCUGGAGUACUGCAUGGUGACGGGCUACGACUGGUGGGACGUCCUGCUGCACGUGCAGCCCUCCAUGGUCCACAACCUGGUGGAGAAGCUGCACGAGGAGUACAUGAGGCAGAACCAGGCCCUGCAACAGGUGCUGGCGACCCGUAUCGUGGCGGUGAAGGCGUCUCUGUGUAAACUGUCCACGGCGACAGCGGCUCGAGCGUGUGACUUCCACGCCAAGCUGCUGCUGAUCGCCAUCAGCUCCACGCUGAAGUCUCUGCUGCGGCCGCACGUCCUCAACACGCCGGACAAGAGUCCCGGAGACAGGCUGGCCGAGAUCUGCGCCAAGAACAGCGACACGGAUAUUGAUAAGGUGAUGAUCAAUCUGAAGACGGAGGAGUUUGUGUUGGACGGUCCCCCCCUUCAGUCUCUGCAGCAGCUCAUCCAAUGGGUGGGGGACUUCGUCCUCUACCUGCUGGCCAACCUGCCCAACCAGGGCUCCAUGGUGCGUCCUGGCUUCGGCUUCAUGCGGGACGGGGCGUCCCUGGGCAUGCUGCGGGAGAUGUUGGUGAUGAUCAGGAUUUGGGGGCUGCUGAAGCCCGGCUGCCUGCCCACCUUCACCGCCACCUCAGACAACCAGGACAGCAUGCAGCUGCUGUUCAGACUGCUCACCAAGCUCUGGCUCUGCUCGCGGGAGGACGGCCCCCCCCAGGACCCAGAUGAGAGUCUGAUAGACGAGUGCUGCCUGCUGCCCAGCCAGCUGCUGGUUCCCAGCAUGGACUGGCUGCCCGUCAACGACGGCAUCAUCGUCCGGCUGCAGGGGAAGCAGCCAAUCAGGCUGCAGUUUGGAAAAGCCUCAUCUCUGCCCGCGGGGGGCGCCGUCGCUGCCACAGCACCGCUGGAACUCUUCACCAGGAGUCCGGGCUCUCAGAAGAUGGAUAACCUGCGUUGUGUACAUAUGGGCGUCUGUCCCACUGAGGAGAGCAAGGCCUGCACCAGGUGCGGCUGUGUGACCAUGCUCCGUUCUCCUAACAAAACGAACGCCAUGAAGCAGUGGGAGCAACGCUGGAUCAAAAACUGUCUGUGUGGAGGUCUGUGGAGGAGGAUCCCCCCCACACUCACCUGAACACAGCGACCCCCCACACACACACUCACCUGAACACAGCCUGGACCCC